AUCUAACCUGUGUAUCUAAUCCUUAAAACACCUGCAGUAUGAACACAUGCAGGUCUGACCAUGGUAAUGUCUUACAAAAGUCACAUGUUUAUAAUUUUCUGGUCUUUUUCUCCCCACAAUCUCAUUUACUGAUUUGUUUUUAGCAUGAGUGAGGUACUGUGUUUACACAAAUGUCAUGUGAAAUAAUUCAUGUAACAUUUUGCCUGAGUUAUGUGUCACUCACACCUUUUUUCUGUUUAGUUCAACCCUAUAUCACCAUGGAAACCUGGUGACAGUCAAUCAAAGUCCCAAUUGCCACUUACGGAGAGGAUUCACUGCGUGGUUAUUGUGAUGGACACCAACAAAUUAAAAAUUGUGCCAGAUGCAACGUGGGUGAAACUUCGUAACAUCCAGCGCAAAGUUGACUCAUAUGAGGUCCCUCUACUGGUGCUACUGACCCAAGUGGACAAAGCGUGCCCACAUGUGGAAAAGGACUUGACGAAGGUGUACCGCAGCUGCUACAUAAAGGAGCUGAUCUACAAAGUAGGUGACCGUCUGGGCAUCCCAGUGUCGCAGGUGCUUCCAGUGAAGAAUUACUCCCAUGAGAUUGCACUGGACACGUGCUGUGACGUCCUGCUUCUCACUGCAAUGCAGCAGAUGCUAAACUUUGCUGACAAUUGCUUUGACAAUUUUAAUAAUGGCACAGAGUAAAGAUGUUCCAGAAACAUGUGUGAUCAGUGCCAUCACAUUUCUCUCAUGGUGUUGAGAGCCACUGUCCAGCUGUUGUACCCAAUACCAUGUUAGAUUCCUAUUUGUUAUAAUUAUGCAGAAAUCUAUUUCUUUACCUUAAUUACACGCAAGCCUUUUUUUGUUAGAUUUCAAAUUCUCUUUUUACUUGGCGAUGAAUGAUGUGUGCAUAAAACCAAAGAUAUAAUCAAGUGUACAGUGUAAGCCUACACUGGAUUAGAUGCUAAGCUAAUAAAAAUGACCUGGUGAUUCUCAA